AUGGCUGGGAGCGGACACUCACCGGGGAUGUUGACAGGGAUGCGCUCCGCUGCGCCCCACGAGAACUCCACGAGCAUCUCGCUGGAGUUCAUUCACCGUUACCUAAUGUUGCUACUCCUUAGUGUUACACUACUACCCAAUGCAUCAGCCUAUAAUACCACCUUCGUGCAGCGAGACAUCGACGGCGAGUGUUGGCAGUACGUCAACCACCGAGGCGGCAAGAUCUUCUCCCAUGCAGGCCACGGCAGAUACGCUGAUAACACGGACUGUAAGGUGACGGUUACAACGAGUCCUGGAAGGCGGAUCCGUGCCGUGUUUGAGAGCUUUGAUGUGACCGAAUCUGUCAACUGUUACCAGGACGAGGUGAUCGUGUACGAUGGCCGAUUCUUCUCCAGCCUGAUGCUUAGCGGCGCCCCGUACGGUCUGUGCGGGACCGACUUGUCACCCCGUUACCGCGAGCUGGAGACGACGGGAAACGUACUGACCGUACGCUUCAUCACGGACAACGUGCUGUCCAGCAACAAGGGAUUCUCUGUGGUCUACACGACAUUUGUGCCUGACGAGACUAGAAAAGCGAAUGACAAGUGUUUUGAGUGCGAGGAUGGCUCCAUGUGCAUUGAUACCGGCCUGACGUGCGACUCGCUGUGGAACUGCGCCGACGGCAGCGACGAAAGCUUUCAGCUUUGCUCAGUGGGACCAACAGAGAGCCCUGCUGCCACCCAGGGCUGGCUUGGGUGGAUGGGGACUCUUCUAGCAAUCACCGUAGCUGCGAUCAUCGUCUUUUUCCUUCUUAUCUCCAUCGUGGUAUGUUGCUGCUGCAGGCGGAAAGGCCGCGGCAUGGCCGUGGGUCGCGGCCAGGCAGACGGUGCUGGACCACGCGGUGGAGGUGUCGCUUCCUCGGUGCCGUGCAGUAGCAACUCCAGCUCCAGUAACAGCAGCGGUAAUUCCAGUCCGAAUUACGGCGAGAUGAGCGUCCGAGGCACGCCCGUGACUCACGGCGGGCAGGGGUACUCGGAACCCGCGGGCAGCCACGUGUUUUACGGGUAUCCACCGCCUAACGGCAGGGACACGUGCGGGAUGUACGGGUUCCAUGGAGGCUACUACCCGAUGCGAAAGGACAACCAGAGCUACUCAGGCGAACGGGACAGAGGCUACGCAGAGCCGAAGUACGGAGGGGGAAUAAAUGGUCACAGUAUUGUGGGAAUGCCGGCGAACUGAUAAGCUGUACUUACAGAACGACUUUACCUCACACAAGGUGGAAUUGUGUUGGACACGACUGAACAAUUCCCCCGUAAACUCUACCGAGAGAAAGGGGUACGCCCACUUUGGACCAUCAACAAAUACAGAUGUAAAUAGUGUACAGAAAAUUAUUACAACUAAAGGAAAAUUAUGUAAACUUUUAGAAAGUUCUUUAAAUGUGGGUAAUAUUGAAGGUAUACAGCAGGUGAUCAAUAAAAUGAUAAAAAUUUACAUACACCAUGCACAGAUAUUUAUUAAUGGCAGCCAUUACUGGGGGCUGUAGCAUGCAGAACACUUUGAUGAACCAUUUGCAAGUAAAUGGUCCAUCUGAAGAUGGGGUCUUUGAAUAUACUGGCAUAAUUUUUCCAAAUUUCUCAAUGAAAUUCUCCCUUAUCUGAGAUGUCUACCGUGAACCUAUGGUCCCAAUCAAUUCUAUCCAUGGAUGAGAUUGCCAAUUUCAUCAAGUCUGAACAUUGGAUGAAAGGUUGGAAAGAUGUAUUACUUUCUAUACUGUGAUAAUGUCUUUCUCUCUGAUUAAAAGUCUCAUUUCAGACAAAAGUCUGAAAAAGCUCAUGCCUGUCUAUCUGAACGUUGAAGAGUUUUCCCCCUGUUUAAAUGUAUAUAUUUUGUGGACGAAGUCUAAAAUGCCUCCUUAUUUAUUUUCAUAAAAUCACACUGUUUAUUUUCAUCAAGCUUGCCUUUUUCUUUUUUUCCCCUUGAAAACUGUACUAUAUUAAAUGUGGUUGUAAUUUUCAUGGAUAUUAUUUAUCUAUUUGGAUAAAAUUGAGUCCCAAAUAAGAACAAAUUCCGGUGUGCAUUUGCUUAAUAAACUGAAGCGACCAGAAAUUGCAGAGAGUUUCUUUUAAAAUAAAAAUGGUAUAUCUGGAAUUUAUUUUUAAGCGUUCUACUCUGUCACAGCUUCACAAUAUUCAAACAUGUUUUCAGCUAUAAAUUACAUGUACAAUGAACAUCGAUUUUCCUAAACUGGAAUAACUGUCACUAGAUAUACGAGAAAAUUGUUAUUUGGACUGCAGUUGUAAAACAGUACUUCGUUUACUCCCAGUAAAGGAUCCAAUAUCACUUUCAUUCCAACUUUGUCUUUUGGUUAAACCAUUAAAACUCUGAUUUAGGUCAAUAUUUUUGUAUCCGACGUUCGGAAGUCCAGAUAAAAGUGGUAGGAUUAUAUUGACAAUGUAUCCAAUGAAUUACUUAAGUUUCCACUUACUAAGAUUAUUUCAUUUAAAUGGCCAUUAAAUCUGCAUCCCUGGGAAGAACCGAUAAUUUAUUUUUAACAAAAUUAAAAACCUUUUUUGUAAGAACAUGUUGCUUACAGAAGACUUGAACUUUCGAUGAGAUAUAUUCACUGCACUACUAAUGUCGCUCAAAAAAAAAUGACACUUGAGAUUGCAAGUUCUUGAUCUGCGACUCCAACAACAUAUGCAUACUUGAAAACUCCAUAGGCACCAAUUCCAUAGGUUAACCAAUCAUAAAGCACGGCCUGAAACAUUGGCAGGCCGAAAAAAGAGGUGUGCAUUUUAGGUUUUGAAUCCUCUAUACUGCUCUCGACUUGUACUUUGACCAUUGUCAUGGAAAGGAAAUAAAUGUUUCAAGUUACCAAUUUAUUAUUUCAAGAAGUGUAUGGCCUACCUGGCUCCAACAAGCUGAAAGUGAUGAAGGGAAGCCACUCCCAAUCUCUCUCUCAUACCUGUCAUUUGAUUAUAUCACGGCUUGCAAGAGGUCUGUAAGGAUUCAACAGGUGUAUAACAAACAGGUGUAUAAUUGAACAAUGUCAAGCAAUAACCAUGACUUGCAAUUGAUUAUUCAUUUAUUAAAAACACACUGAA